UCUUCUUCCCCAUGAAUUCAGCUGAGAAAGAAGUAAGCUUAGAGCAGCCAUGUCCAUAUCCAUAUGCAUGUCAAUCUCCAUCAAGACUACUUGCAGAAAUCCCUAUUUCACCCCUCGUACGGACCACCUUACCUCUAACCUCAAUCUCAGACAUGAUGAGUACUCAACCAUCUUCACCAUCAAGAGAGGGAAAUAUUAUGAGAUCUAUACAAGGGGCAAAAAAAUGUCGAACAUAAAUAGACGUAAUGCAACUUCAUCAUCGUCCUCAUCGCCAUCCUCCUCUUCGAAUGAAAAUCAUCUUGCUUCAUGGAAAAAGUGGUUGAUUGGGUUCGUAUUUAGUAUAGUUUUACCUGCGGCAGGUCACAAAGGAGGCAUUUUCACCCCCCUUAAAGCCAAGAUCGAUCAGACGAUAACGACAGUAGAGACUGUAACAGAUAUAAUAGAAAACAUAGCCGAUCAAGCAGAUAAGUUGGUAGAUGAAAUCGAGUCGAAACUUCCGGAAGAUAGUAAUCUCGUGGAAACAGUUGAGAAGCUGGAUAAAUUAACAGACAUUGCUCUUGAAAAAGCCAAACAAGCCGAAGAAAUAGUUCAACAGGUAAAAGAGGUGAAAGAUCAUAUAUUCGAGCACGUGAUCCAAGACGAUAAUACAGAUGACGACACUACAAAGGCUAACAAAUAGCUGACCGAUUUCUUUUAAUUUAAACAUAAUUAUUUUUGGUACAAAUAAAGAAGUGCGUAAUUCAUUAAGAUAAUGUCAUCAAUUAAAUGUGUACACGAUCGAUCAAUAACAUGAAUACUUUCUAUUA